AAAAGCCAUCAAUCAUCAUCAAAUCAUACUUCACAAUGACGGAUGGCUGACUACAUUCAAUCAAAUGAGCAGAUUCGGUAUGUCUCGAGUUUUCGUGACAAUAUGUGUUUUAAGCUCAUUCUGUUGGGCUUCAAUUCCUGGCUGGAAAAGCGGAGAGGUCAGCGAAGAGCUUCGUAAAAGGCUUGGACAGACGAAAGGGUCCGACCCACUCAUAAGACCGUGGGACAAUCCUGACCUCGAGUAUCUUCUCGCCAACGACUACAGGGAUUAUUUGGAAAGUGAACGUGCAGUGGCCUCAUCUAAGAGGCCCAAUCAAGGAGAAGCGACUGCAAAACUAACAGCCACCGAAAGAGCUACAACCGAGUCAUCUUUGGAGCUCACAAGUGAGGAAAUAUCCGAUUCGGUGAUUGAAGAAGAUGAGAAGAACUCCUCUGGUGAAAAUAAUCGAAACGAGAAAGUGGUGAAAACGAGCGAAAAUACAGAUACCAAAUCUGGAAAUUUUACCAAAGUCGACGAAGACUAUGACGAUUUCAUGAAAGAUUUGCUGACUAUCAACUCGACAACAACGGAUCAAAAGUCAACAAAUCAGCAAGCGGGUCUAAGUAAGGGCGAUGAAUUGCUCUCUGCAGAAGAGGCAAAAAGUUUAAUGGUCAAUCAAACAACCCCUGGAAAACGAACAACUCUUGCACCAUUGACCGAUUUAUUUUCCAAAGCGCAUACUACUGGUGUCACAAAAGAAGAGACUCCUUUGAACACUGAAGAUUGCCUUCCAGUUUCUUACAGGUUAAAAGGAAUUCGAAGUUUAAUACCCCCAGAGCUACUGUACGAACUUGCCAAGAGUCCCAUAGGUGGAUAUGUAUUAUUUGGGUCCAAUGAAUUUCCAUUGGAAGAAAUCAAACCCAAACAAGAAAAGGCUAUCCUUGCCAAUGGUCUGCCAAGCAAGGUUCUACUGAAGGAAGUAUUGAAACUUCUUCCUGUUGAUGUAGACAGUAAAAACCCAUUGAUAGGUACGAGGCUCGAUGAUGAUUCUUCUGAUCCGGCAUUGCAAGAUUUUUUAGAUACAAUUGAAAGCGCGGAAAAUCAACAACUAAAUUGGACUCUAGUAUCAGUGGAGGAAUUUCUAGAUCUGUCUCGAAAGGCAUCCAUAUUUAUACAAACUGGCGAGCCCGGUUCGUUCACAAGUUUCCUAUUAAAAAGAGGGCCAGUUACGGCACAUUCACAACCCGACCAGGAACCUAAGCCAUUAAACACAACUAUGCUGGACAAUCUGAAGGAGCUUGAAAUUCUUCGAGAUAAGCUCAAGCAAAUAAGAGUGAAUUAAAAUCAGCUUUCCAAACCGUAUAAAAUCGACUUCAUACCCCUUGAGAUCCACAGCUUUGCAUUCCACGUCCGUACAGCAUCCUUCGGGUUGUCGAAGAAGGUCGCCUUGAAAGAGGCCCUCGUUGAGACAGGUGGGUAGGUUUUGAGCCAAAACAGAGGCAGGAUAACCGAAAACAAGACUGAACACGAAGAUGCAACUCCAGAGGGAUAAUAUCCUACUUUUGCUCGAAGGAUUGGGCGUGGGGUCCAUUCUUUUGAUGGGAUCAAAGGAUUUUUUCGAGGAUGAUGAGUGAUGACCUCUCCUCUCCUCGCCAACACACGUGCGGAUCAACCAACGUGCUUCAGAAGAACUGAUGAGCAGGAAAGAGUAGACAGCUGAGCAGAGGACAACUCCCGGAAA